AUGUCGCACAGUACUGGGCUUUCCACGCGGACAAAGAUAGCCUUUCUAGCGGAUGAAGCUACAAUAACAGGAUUCAAGCUCACAGGAAUAAAUGGCUCUGAAUGGACCUCCCAGUCCGUGCACGGAGUCUUCAACUACUUCCACGUAGUCUCUGAGAAGACGGAGGACGAGGAAAUCCUCUCCAAGUUCAGCCUCUUCCUGGAGAGGAAGGAAAUUGCCCUUAUAUUCCUCUGCAGGCGAGCAGCAGAGACUCUGAAGGAAGUCCUCCAGGAGAGAAAGGAGCUUUUUCCCCUCGUCACAGAAGUCCCUUCAAAGAGUCCCCCCAGCAUAAACGAGAUAAAACUCCUGAAGCGCCUGAAGGAACUUUCCGGCACAAAAUAG